ACCAAAGUGAGAGAGGGGUGCCAUCUUGUGGAGGGACCCUCUGUGGCCAGUCUGCUUGUGUGAUCUCUGUGGACUGACUGGGAGUUGUGACAAAUAUGGCCAGAAAUGGGGCCUAGUCUCGGACUGUGUCCCGGGGUUACGUGGAUUUAGGGUCAGUGAGGGGCGUGGCCACUCAGGAGGCCAUGCUUGGUAGAUGGGGGACGGGAGUCAGGAUGAUGGCAGGGCCUGAGCAAAGCGGGGUGGAGAGGGAGGCUCAGAGAAGGGGGAGCCACCUGGCUUCCAGGAUGAGGAGAAGAGAAAGUCUGUCCUGACAGAGGCCCCAUGACAGCUGCCCUGGGCCAGGAUGUUUUGGGGAGGGGAGAUUGCAUCAGCAUUGAGCCAUCCUCACUCCCUCCAUCUGGAGGUGUGGGGCCCGGGGGCUUCUGUGAAACGGGCCAUGAAUGGACCCAGCCAGGAGACCCAGGGGACAAGGGCAUCUGCAGGCCCUGUCAGUUCCAUCUCCCCGAUUUCCAGUUCACACCGUUUGCUGUUCUCUGCCCAGGGCCUGAAGCCAAUGGACCACAAUGGGCUGGCAGACCCCUACGUCAAGCUGCACCUGCUGCCAGGAGCCAGUAAGGCAAAUAAGCUCAGAACAAAAACUCUCCGUAACACUCUGAACCCCACAUGGAACGAGACCCUCACUUACUACGGGAUCACAGAUGAAGACAUGAUCCGCAAGACCCUGCGUGCGUCUGAGGCACUGGCUGUGCCCCUCACCACCGCCCCCGCUAGGAUCUCUGUGUGUGACGAGGACAAAUUCCGGCACAAUGAGUUCAUCGGGGAGACACGUGUGCCCCUGAAGAAGCUGAAACCCAACCACACCAAGACCUUCAGCAUCUGCCUGGAGAAGCCGCUGCCGGUGGACAAGACCGAAGACAAGUCCCUGGAGGAGCGGGGCCGCAUCCUCAUCUCCCUCAAGUACAGCUCGCAGAAGCAGGGCCUGCUGGUAGGCAUCGUGCAGUGCGCCCACCUGGCCGCCAUGGACGCCAAUGGCUACUCGGACCCCUACGUGAAAACAUACCUGAGGCCAGAUGUGGACAAGAAAUCCAAACAUAAGACAGCGGUGAAGAAAAAAACCCUGAACCCGGAGUUUAAUGAGGAGUUCUGUUACGAGAUCAAGCAUGGGGACCUGGCCAAGAAGUCCCUGGAGGUCACCGUUUGGGAUUACGACAUUGGAAAAUCCAAUGAUUUCAUUGGUGGUGUGGUUCUGGGCAUCCACGCCAAGGGGGAGCGCCUGAAGCACUGGUUUGACUGCCUGAAGAACAAGGACAAGCGCAUCGAGCCCUGGCACACGCUCACCAGCGAGCUCCCAGGGGCCGUGCUCAGCGACUGAUGCCCACCCGCCACUGCUACCCCUGCCGCCACCUGCGCCUAGCACUUCCGGCCCCGGGCUUCCCCAGCAGCCACCAAGGCCUGUGGCCCCCACACUGGGGGAGAUCCAGAACCCCUGCUUGGACACAGAGCCACUGCAGUCCCCGCUCGGAGGAUGUGGAGGGCUCAGCCACUCUGGGACGGGGAGGGCAAGGAGCUGGGGUGGGGGGCUCUCAGCCCCCUGGCGCCCAAGAGGCCGGUGGUGGAAAGAGACCUCAGCACCUGCCCAGGGGAAGGGGACACGCCCAUCUGGGAGCAAAGACCCUUCUAGAGGCCAGCCCUGGUUGAGAGGACAGGAGUGUGGGGGUGCCUUGGCAGACAGUGGGAACAGAGGAGGGAGGUGGUGAGCAGACAGACAGGUGGAGGAUGGGACCUUGAAGACUGGCUGCUCCAGCCCAAGAAAGCCUGACUGCAUCCCUCAUCUCCUUCGCUGCUGGACAGAUGGAAGAAGCGGGCCUGCCGGCCGAAAGUCUGCCAGAGUUCCCGGAGGCUCCUGAUGACGGGUAAAUUGGCACAUGCUUCACUCAAUUAUUCCACAAGCCCUGGGGGUGAAUGAGACACAGGGCCUGCCCUCAGGGAGUUCCCAUCUAGUCAGGAAGCUGGGAACAAACCAUUCCAACUGGGGUGAGAAAUACCAAGACCAGCUUGGCCAGUCUGCAAGUACUGUGGGCUCUGUUGACUCUGCCGGGAGGUCAGGGAAGGCUUCCUGGAGGAGGUGGUGCUUCCGUAAGGCCUAUGGAGGGUGAGUGGGGGCUUCUAAAAGCAGUCCAGGCAGUGGGAGUGGUCUAAAACGGCCUGGAGAGAGAAAGCCAAUGGGGCCGGGGUGCUGUGGACCCAGGGUCUCCUCUCCAGGGGAGGGUUUGUUAGGAAGGUGUGAGGCUCGAGGCAGGAGGUGGGGGACGUGAUGGAAACACCAUGGAGAAACUGGUGUGGGCUGAAGUUCAGACCUCAGACCCAAGUCUCCCACUCUGAUCUCUUUCUACUCCUGAGGGACCUCAAGGGCGGAGCCCGCCCCUCCUCCUUCCCGGCAUAAGCAUCAGGUCAGCUGCGGUGGAGAAAAGGGUCCCUUGUGCUUGGGAAAAAAGCAAGCAUUCCUACACGUCCUGACUCUCCCCUCCCCUCCCCUCCACUCCCUGGCUCACACUGGGGGCCUCCGGGUGCUUGCUCAUGGCAUCUUGGUCCCACUACCGCCACAGAUGUCCCUUUUGGGAGUAAUCAGUGGCCGUCCAGGGCCUUGUCCACCCUCCAGGAGCUGAGCAAGAAUCACCCGGGCUGGUGGGCCUGUCUGCUCCCCUGAGUGAGACUCCCCAGGAGGCUUGAGAUUAUCUGAAUCUUGGGGCCCAUGCCUGAAGCCCACAAACUUUCUCUGCCUACCAAGGGCCCCUCAGGAACGCUGGGUGAACAAAUACAGAGCCAAGGAGUUGCACAGCCAGAGUCCCAGUGUGAUGCUCAGCCCAUCAGUGUGUGAUGGAAACAGAGGCCCAGAGAGGUCAGGUGACCUGCCCAGGGCCUUCCAGCCCCCACACAGCUGGGACCAGGAUCCACAGCCCCCAGCCCAGAGUGCUGGACACCACACU